CAGGGGACCUGUGCGCCGUUUCUCCUCGCCUUGCUUGCCUCCAGUCCGGCUCUAGCCCCGACUGUCUGCGCGGCGUGUGGAUGAGGCGCAGAGGGAACGCCACCGGAGCGCACACAGAAGCACCGGAGAAGCCACGUUCUCCCGUGUAGAUCAGAGUGCCGCCUGCGUCCCAGACGGCCGGAGGACUUUUCGGACUGACUUGAGGCGCUGGGAGUUUGAUUUCGAAGCCAGUCUGGGGUGCACCCCCGUCUCCUUGAAGUGAUCCCUGCUUCAAGCAGUCUGUCCGUAGCGCUCCCGUCGGAAGGAGUCUGUGAGGGAGAAGAGGUGGUGGUGGAGGUGGAAGGAGAGGAGGAGGAGGAGGGGGGGAAACGAUCAUUACUUUUGAACAGACCCCUCGACAUGGAGCUAUUCGUCUGGUCCCGGGCGCACCGGCUGGAAGAGGAGCGCUUAUCUGCCUCGGAGAUCCCCAUCUUCUGUCCACUGUGAAGAAGGUCAGGAAUGCAGCAGAGCUCCAGCCAUCUUUGUGUAGUUUAUGAGGGCUUCUUUUUAAAAUAAAGCCGAGAAAGGAGAGGCGGAGGACUCCUGGCGUUGGUUGGACUGAAUCGGAUCACCACUCCACGCCGGGGAUUCUUAUUUUGGCACCGCGCUAAAAAAACGAUGCUCAGCGACACUUCUCGGAGACCUGCCGAUCGCUGAAGUCGUCCCGGCUCUCCGUCCUCCGACUGCCACACUUUGAAUCGCUGUUAUCAGCCCAUCAGUCACCCGGAUCGUUUGCUAACCGCGGCACAAUGGCCUCCGCGCUGGGGAGGUGUCCAGUGUUUUGCUGCCUCCUGUUCGUUGUCCUGUGCUUUCACUGUACACAAGGCUUCAGCCGCGCGGCCUUGCCUUUUGGGCUGGUCAGGAGAGAGCUCUCGUGCGAAGGAUAUGCGAUCGAUCUCCGCUGCCCCGGGAGUGAUGUCAUCAUGAUCGAGACGGCCAACUACGGCCGCACCGACGACAAGAUAUGCGACGCCGACCCGUUCCAGAUGGAGAACGUCAACUGCUACCUCCCAGAUGCCUACAAGAUUAUAUCACAAAGGUGCAACAACCGUACGCAGUGUGUGGUUGUCACUGGCUCUGAUGUCUUUCCUGAUCCAUGCCCUGGCACCUACAAGUACUUAGAGGUCCAGUAUGAGUGUGUUCCCUAUAAAGUGGAGCAAAAAGUUUUCAUUUGUCCGGGGACUCUGAAGGGCAUAGGCGCCGCCACCUUCCUGUUCGAGGCCGAGCAGCAAGCGGGCUCGUGGUGCAAAGACCCGCUUCAGGCCGGGGACAAGGUCUUCUUCAUGCCCUGGACGCCCUACCGGACGGACACGCUCAUCGAGUACGCCUCCCUGGAGGACUUCAAGAACGGUCGGCAGACGACCACCUACAAACUCCCGCACCGCGUGGACGGCACGGGCUUCGUCGCCUACGACGGCGCCAUCUUCUUCAACAAGGAGCGCACCCGCAACAUUGUCAAGUUCGACCUCCGCACGCGCAUCAAAAGCGGCGAGGCCAUUGUGAACAACGCCAACUACCACGACACCUCGCCUUACCGCUGGGGCGGCAAGACAGACAUUGACCUGGCGGUCGACGAGAGGGGCCUUUGGGUUAUCUACGCCACGGAGCAGAACAAUGGACGCAUAGUGGUGAGCCAGCUCAACCCGUACACCCUCCGCUUCGAGGGGACUUGGGACACGGCGUACGACAAGCGCUCCGCCUCCAACGCCUUCAUGGUGUGCGGCGUGCUGCACGUGGUGCGCUCCACCUACGAGGAGAACGAGAGCGAGGCCAGCCGCAGCCAGAUCGACUACAUCUACAACACCAAGCUGAACCAGGGCGAGUACACGGACAUCCUCUUCCCCAACGAGUACCAGUACAUCACCGCCGUGGAUUACAACCCGCGGGACAACCAGCUGUACGUGUGGAAUAACUUCUACGUGCUGCGCUACGACCUGGACUUCGGGCCUCCGGAUCCCGCUGAAGUCCCGACCACGGAGGAUGCCUCCGUCACGUCAUCCGUGCCCAGAACCACCCCGCUGUUCACCACCACCACCGUGGCCGCCUCGAAGGGGCAGGGCGACACCACCGGAGCGGGAGCCGAUCCGAGAGAGGGAAGGAUACUUCACGAGGGCAGCCACGGGCCCGUCACGGCCGAGCCCACCGUGCCCGAGCUGCCCCCGACGCCCCGACGCUUCUGCGAGGCAACCCGGAGGAGAGCCAUCGACUGGCCCCAGACGCAUACUGCCACCACGGUGGAGAGACCUUGCCCCAAAGGAACCAGAGGCACAGCUACUUUCCUCUGCACCGUGAUGGGGACUUGGUGCUCCAAGGGGCCGGACCUCAGCAAUUGCACCUCCCACUGGGUGACUCAGGUGGCGCAAAAGAUCCGAAGCGGCGAAAGUGCGGCUAAUUUGGCCAACGAGCUGGCUCGGCACACGCAGGGCCCCGUGUUCGCCGGGGACGUCAGCUCCUCGGUGCGGCUGAUGGAGCAGCUCGUGGACAUCCUGGACGCCCAGCUGCAGGAGCUCCGGCCCAACGAAAAGGACUCGGCUGGACGCAGCUUCAACAAGCUUCAAAAAAGAGAGAAGACAUGCCGAGCGUACAUGAAGGCGAUUGUGGACACCGUUGACAACCUCCUGAGGACAGAAGCGCUGAAAUCCUGGAAGGACAUGAAUUCCACGGAACAGACGCACGCCGCCACCAUGCUCCUGGACACCCUGGAGGAAGGGGCCUUCGUGCUGGCGGAGAACCUGAUCGAGCCGGCGAUCGUCAAAGUGCCUGCAGAGAAUAUCGUGUUGGAUGUGUAUGUAAUAAGCACCGAUGGCCACGUGCAAGACUUCAGGUUUCCACAGACGAGCAAGGGUGGAGCGACUCUUCAGCUUUCCUCGAACACGGUGAAAGUCAACAGCAAAAACGGUGUGGCCAAGCUGGUGUUUGUGCUCUACAAGCACCUGGGUCAGUUCCUCAGCACAGAGAACGCCACGCUCAGGGGAAUGGGGGAUCUGAACAAACACAACCUCUCCCUCACCGUCAACUCCCACAUCCUGUCAGCCUCCAUCACAAAGGAGUCCAGCCGUGUGUUUGUCGCCGACCCGGUGGUCUUCACUCUGGAACACCUGGAUAAGGAGCAUUAUUACAACCCAAACUGCUCCUUCUGGAAUUACUCGGAGCGAAGCAUGAUGGGAUACUGGUCCACUCAGGGCUGCAAGCUGCUGGAAACCAAUAAAAGCCACACCACUUGCUCCUGCAGUCACUUGACCAACUUCGCCAUCCUCAUGGCUCAUCGGGGAAAUGUGAGAGACAGGGGCAUGCACGAGGUCCUCCUCACCGUCAUCACCAGGAUGGGUAUCGCCGUGUCCCUAGUCUGCCUGGCCAUCAGCCUCUUCACGUUCUUCUUCUUCAGAGGCCUGCAAAGCGACCGCAACACCAUCCACAAAAACCUCUGUCUCAACCUCUUCAUCGGAGAGCUUCUCUUUCUCGUGGGCAUCCACAUGACCGAGCCAAAGCUGGUCUGCUCCAUCAUCGCCGGAGUCCUCCACUUUUGCUUCCUGGCGGUGUUCACCUGGAUGUGUUUGGAGGGCGUGCAGCUCUACCUCAUGCUGGUCGAGGUCUUCGAGAGCGAGUUCUCGCGCAGAAAGUAUUACUACCUCUCCGGCUACCUCGUCCCGGCAGUGGUUGUUGGCAUCUCGGCGGCCAUCGACUACAGGAGCUACGGAACGCAGCAGGCAUGCUGGUUGAGAGUGGAUAACCAUUUCAUCUGGAGCUUCAUUGGGCCAGUGACCUUCAUAAUAGUGGUCAAUGUCAUCUUCCUGGUGGUGACGAUGUACAAGAUGGUGAAGCAUUCCACCUCCAUGAAACCCGACUCGAGCAGGCUGGGGGGUAUCAGGUCGUGGGUGUUGGGAGCGUUUGCUCUGCUCUGUCUUCUGGGUCUCACGUGGUCCUUCGGCUUGUUCUUCCUCAACGAGUCCUCCAUGGUGAUGGCUUACCUCUUCACCAUAUUCAACACUCUGCAAGGGAUGUUCAUCUUCAUCUUUCACUGUCUACUUCAGAAAAAAGUCCGGAAGGAGUACAGCAAAUGUUUCCAUCAGUCCCAGUGUUGCGGCGCUCUGCCUUCUGAGAGUUCCCACAGCUCGGCCAAGGCAGCCACGUCUCGAUCCACGGCCCGCUACUCGUCCGCUACACAGAGCCGCAUCAGGCGGAUGUGGAACGACACUGUGAGAAAGCAGUCGGAGUCCUCCUUCAUCUCGGGCGACAUAAACAGCACCUCGACGCUCAACCAGGGGAUGACUGGCAACUACCUCCUAACUAACCCCCUCCUCCGAACCCACGACACUAACCCCUAUAACAACCUCCUGGCUGAAACGGUGGUGUGCAACACCCCCUCUCCGCCGGCCUUUCACUCCCCAGGACAGCCCUCUCUCAGCAACAGCAGGGACAUCAGCGCCAUGGACACCCUCCCCCUCAACGGCAAUUUCAACAACAGCUACUCCCUGCGCGACGAUGACUACGAAGCCGUGGGUGUCCGAGCGCCCGGUGACCUGGGCGGCCUCAACCUGGACGACGCCACAUUCGAGAAAAUGAUCAUAUCCGAGAUUGUCCACAACAACCUUAGGCCCCGCGGGGGCCCCAAAGCCCGCAGCACCCCGAGAGAGAGGGACCGGGCGCCGCCUCCCCACACCCGGGUCAACGUGGCCCAAGGAGGGGGUGGGAGCGGGAGCGAGGAUGAUGCCAUCGUGGCAGAUCACACGGAGGCCUCAUCCCCGCAGAGAGGAGGUGGAAGAGGAGGCCACACCACUCUGGAGCUGCUCUUGCACCCCCACCACAAGGAGGUGCUUGAGGCUCCCCUCCUGCCCCAAAGGACUCACUCUCUUCUCUACAGUGCCCAGAAGGCCCCCAGGCGCCUGGAGGGCCAGGGCGGCCACGGCUCCGAGACUGUUACCGCAGUGGAGGACAUGGGCUCCCAGUCACCCAGCAACAACAGAGACUCUCUGUAUACCAGCAUGCCAAACCUAAGAGACUCUCCCUCACCUUCAGCUUCGCCCUACCCGCCGGAUGAGGGGGAGGAAGAGGAGGAGCUCUCUCCCUCACCACACAGCGAAGGGGAGGACGUGUACCACAAGAGCAUGCCUGAGCUCGGCGACGCUCCGCAGCCGCUGUCCUACUACCACAUAAACCGAGGCACCAGCGACGGGUGCAUCAUCUCGCCCAGCACUGAGGGCUCCGAGCAGGCCGGGGACGCCCCCACCGACGGACAAAUGCAGCUGAUUACCAGCCUCUGAGAUGGGGGCGUGGGGGUAGGGCACCUCUGUUUGCACAGGUUUGAACAGCUGGGUGCUUAGCGGCGAUGUCAUGAGAGCCCGGCGAGCCCGGCCCCGCACAUGCCCUUCCCGUUCGGACAGGAGGUGAAAAGUCGCUGGGUCAGGAAUAGGAAUGAACGACUUUCUUUUUUUUUGCACAGAGAUCUCAUUUUACACACAAGACACACCCAACUGAGGCCAGACAAAUGUGGUGCUGCGCCAGCUCUGCUGCUGGACUAAUGAGGUGCAGAGGAUAACACAGAGGCCGCAGUUUCAAAGAUAAAGUCUGGCGUUUCUGUCGUACUGAGAGAGAAAUCGAAGAGUAAGGGAUUUGAAAAAAAAAAUAAAAAAUUGUUAACCUCCGAGCGAAGAACCAUGAAGCUCUUGGCAUAUUCCUGAGGGACUUUUACAGAACCAGGGUCCUUUUUAAGUCAAGAAGUGCAGAACAAGAACUAGUGAGGCUCCACUUACACCGUCAAGACUGUAAAGUUACGAAACCACUAAUUCAGACUCAGGCCUUAUAUUUUUCUCUAUUGCACAAUUAACUGUUGUACAUGUAACAGCUGAAAAAAUAUAUUUUGCUGUACCACUAGUGUAAAAAGUAAAACAAAAAGGCAAAGUGAAGAAAAAAAAAAAAAGAAAAGGAAAAAAAAAAAGAAACGGCAAGAAUUCAGUAGUUAUGCCCUUUCAAUGUUAAAAUUCUUCAGACAAAGGUUAAUCAAACUGUUGAAAAUGUGCUUUUUUCCUCUCACACUUGACUUGUUGUAGAAUGUUUGAAUAUUUAAAAAAAAAAAGGAAAAAAAGAGGUUUUGAGCGACAUCAGUCCAUAUGAAACCAUGUUCACAUCUCUGCUUGUGAAGUGCUUUUUUUAUUAGCUUUUUUAUGAACGACAAUUUUCUUUUCGGCGGUAGUAUAUUUGUUAACACCGUGCCAUGCACAGACUUAUCAUUAAGAUGAAUCGGAUCCCCGUGUAAUUUAUUUUACUUGAAAGAAACGUGCAGCAUUUACUCAUUUCGGUUCAUGCCUUUGCGGUUUUUUUGCAGUUUUUUUUUUUAUUUGCAACAUGUUUCAUCCUUUGACACUAAUUAAUUUAUUAAGUAAUUGAAGAAAUUGCAAAAAAAAAAAAAAAAAGAUCAUGUGGGAAAGUGUGAAAAGACAUUGCCGCACUGAUUAGGUUUAUUAUAUUUCUUUUGUAAGAGCCCAUCGUCAACUGGUAUUUAAUUCAACUCCUGUUUGAUAUCAAAUAAAUAUGAAACUUUUCCUCGUUCGCAGA